AUGGCCGGUGGAAUGUUCCGUUGGGUACAGUGCCAGCUGGACUCUUUGGAGAAGUGCAUUGAUUCCAGUCAGGUUGACGAGACUCUGGCUUCUUUGCCGUCUGACCUGCCAUCGACGUAUGAGAGAAUACUAGUCAAUCUGGAUAUCAAGUCAGCGGUACGAGUUCGAGACGUCUUGGUAGCACUGGCCUUUGCUCGACGACCUCUGCAGGUUGGCGAAGUUAUGGAUAUUAUCAGCAUAUCCAUCACCAACUUCCCUCGGGCGAACAAGCAUGGAAACACGGUCUACUUGAACCAGCUGCUUUCUCUCUGCUCGAGCAUGGUAUCAAUAUCUAGUGGAGGGGGCGAGAAGAAGAAGCAAGAAAUGCGGCUUGCGCAUGCCUCGGUCAAGGACUAUCUUGUCUCUGAACAUUUACGCAACGGACCAGCAUCUGCAUUCUAUACAACCCCUGGACAAGGGCACCUUCUCAUGGCCGCCAAGUGCGUUGCGUGUCUGCUGGAUCAAAACGACGUCAGCCACUUUGGGCCACAUACUUUGGGAGAGGUUCCGUUCCUGCUCUACUCUGCUCUGAAUUGGGUCCAUCACGCUAGGGAUGCGAAUCUGGAGCCUGAUCGAGGAAGCCUUGACGACUUGAUUUUCGCCUUGUUCCAUCGUGACGGCGACGCUUACAUCAACUGGCACCGCGUGACAGGCCGGCAUGGGCCUGCAACGCCAGUGGAGGGCUAUGCGUGGGACAUACACAUCAGAGACGGCAGUAGGCUGAUUGACGGCGGUCGACCAUGCCCCAAGGAACGACUGUUAAACGGCCACCAGCUUGAUCGUCCGCUCCACCACGCACUACAAUGGAACCUGUGGCGCGUCGUCCAGCGUCUUCUUGAUGCCGGUCAUGAUCCCAAUGGCUAUAGUAAAGGAAAUCGCGCUCCACUUCACUACGGAGUACUUCAACGGGCUCUGGAGUCGAUGGAUCUUAUCCUCAAUCGGGGUGGGAAUAUUGACAUCCGCGACUGGAUUGGCGACACACCGGCCAUGUUUUGCGCUUACAAGGCUCAAGAUCCAGUGACGAUGGAGUGGUUGAUGGACCGCGGCGCAAGUCUCUUCCCCGUCAGCAGAAGGUCCGGCAGUCUCUUGCAAUGCGCAGCUAUGGAGGGUGAUCCGGAAGUGUUGGAAGUGAUCUUGCGGAAGAAGCCACCUAACGUAUCCCCGGACAUUGGUGUUGAUCACAACUAUAACGAAAUCGCCGACCUUGCCACGCCACUUCAAUGCGCAGCGUAUGCAGGUAACUUGGCAUGCAUCGAGCUACUGCUGAAGUAUGGUGCCGAAAUCAACUUGGCCAAAGGCAAAGUUGGGACGCCCCUUCAUGCUGCAGCGGCGUCCGGAAAUCUGAAGGCCCUUCAGCUUUUAUUAAGUAGGGGGGCGAAUCCUAAUAUUUUCAAUGGACAAUAUGGAAGUGUGAUUUGGGCUGCUGGGUACAGUGGCAACCGUGAAUGCCUUCGCUUUUGUCUACAACUGGGGCUGCCUAUCGACGGACUGGAUACCAUGCGUCUCUCCCCUGGCAGGAAUUGGCAGUGUAUUGCUGGAAAUGAAAGGGAGACACUCUUGUCUGACAUUAUCAAAACUGCAGGAGACCGCUACUGUCGGGACAUCCUUGACGCCGCCAGGUUGGGCAUGACUUCGCGCGUCAAGGCAUACCUUGAUAGUGCCACGGACCGCAAGGCUGAACUGGGAAAGAAGCAUGACCUUCACAUGCGAACACCUUUGCUUUGGGCGGCGGCAGAGGGGCAUAUUGAGACUGUGAAGUACUUGGCAACGGAGGGCGCAAGCCUUGAUCAAUGGGGGAGAGGUUUCGACACCCCGCUUGAAAUUGGGUGCCUUGCCGGCCGCUUGGAUAUGGUAAAGUGUCUAUUGGCUUCAGGGGCGAGAGCCGAGUUUCGACAGGCGGGAAAACAUCGGACAGCAGUCGUAUGUGCUGAGAUCAGUGGCAAUAAGGAGUUGAUUGAGUUUCUGAAAACAUUGGAGGAGGAUCGGACUGCGACGUUCGAGUUUGAGGGGCAGACCUACGAGCAUGAUGGCAACAAGGGUUACAAGCGAAAGCAGUGA